GAGUUCUCGCGAGUCGCGAGUGCGUUUUGUGUUUUGCGCGGAAGUUGCUGUUUUGAUCGCGAGUUACAGCGCGAGAUUUGAACGUGAGUUUCAUUUAAUUUGUUUUGUCUGAUAUAAAAUAUAACUUAGAUAUCAUACUUUUUGCGGAUUAGUGAAACACUAUGGGGGUAUAAGAGCUUUUGCAGUUUAGGCAUAUUUUCCGAAAGCUCUAUUGAAGAUAUUUUUGAAUUAGUUAAAUGAGAGAGUAUUAAAAAUUUUUCAAUGAUUUGAUUACGUACCCAUUUAUGAGAUUGAUUUCAAGUGAGAUCGAAAAAAAAUAGCGUAAUGUAGGACAUUUAUUUACUUAUAAGUACUGAUCGAUAAAGUAUUGAUAGUCUUGUCAACCUGAAGUCUGAACUUCCCGAAUGCCCUAAAAAAGUAACUAAGACAAUCUAGUAAUUAUAUAGUCCACGAGUAAGUACAGUUAAGUCUAGACUCUAGUAAGUUACUCGGGUACUGCGCAAACUGAGCCUCAUAUACGUAGAUGUUUAUUGAAUUUUACACGGUACACGAUCUUCGGAGUUGCACGAAGCUGCGCGAAAGAGAGUUGAACUCGCGAAUGUCGACCUAACCUCCAAAUUCUUGGCAUACGUGAAUAAGUAUUGAAAAUUGUUUAGCGCACGUGAUGACACUUGCGCACGUUGUGGUUAAUCUCGUAAUUGGCAGCAACUGCGAUUGUUUUAAAUACGUGUUGAGCCGAAGGGUAUAAUUUAGAUCCAUCAAACCAUAAGGUAGUACGGAUAGAUUCAUCAUGACUUCAACGUACACUUGUAUCACUUGUCGUGUCGCCUUUCGAGAUCUAGAGGUACAAAGACAGCACUACAAAUCAGAUUGGCAUCGUUAUAAUUUAAAAAGAAAAGUAGCCGAGCUUCCACCUGUGACAGUUGAAGACUUUCAAAAAAGAGUGAUUGCACAGCGCAGUAAAGCUGAUGAAGUAAAUAGAGGUAAAGAAACUUUAGCCUGUAAAGUUUGCAGAAAAACAUUCAGUACGCAAAAUCAGUAUGACAAUCAUUUAGUGUCUAAAAAGCAUAAAGAGAAAGAAAAAGGUAGUCGAUCGAACAGUGAACUUUCAUUAGACCAAGAUGAACCAAUGAAACUGGAUACUGAAGAGCCAGCUGGAAGUGCACCUGUGAAGAGAAUGAAGAAUGGUAAUGAAAGUGCUGGACCUGAAAAUGACAUGGAAAUCGAAGUUGAUUCGGAUGUGGAAUCCGUGGAUUCUGAUGAAUGGUUAGAAGAUACAGAAAACCCUGUGGUGAACAAUGACUGUUUGUUUUGUAAUCAUCACAGUAAAAGUUGGGUGCGGAAUCUAAAGCACAUGACAACAGCUCAUUCAUUCUUUAUCCCUGAUCCUGAAUUCUGUACAGACAUUAAGGGAUUACUUGUGUAUCUGGGCCAGAAAGUUUUUGCAGGCUACAUGUGCUUAUGGUGCAAUGACAAAGGCAAGGCAUUCAGAAGUGCUGAGGCUGCAAGAGCUCACAUGUUGGAUAAGGGCCAUUGUAAGAUGUUGCAUGAAGGUGAAGCACUAGCAGAAUAUGCAGAAUUUUAUGAUUACUCUGCUAGUUAUCCAGACCACGAAUCUUCAGAUCCUAACGCGGAAGUAGAAAUACCCGAGUUGGAUGACAGUGAUUAUCAACUUGUCUUGCCAUCAGGCUCUGUAAUAGGUCAUCGAUCCCUUAUGCGUUACUACAAACAGAGUUUGGACCCUAACCGAGCCCUGGCCAUACCUAGGAAUGAGAAACUUAGGAAAGUCUUGUGCAUGUACCGAGCCUUAGGUUGGACUGGAACCCAGAAAGAAGCUAUCAAACAAAAGGCAAUAGAUAUCAAGUACAUGCAGAGGAUACAACAAAAAUACUCCACUAAAUUAAACUUUAAGGCAAACAAACUGCAAUGCCACUUCAGACAGCAGGUUAAUUUCUAAAAUUUCAUUCAUUACUUUCCGUUCAAGAAAUAUCAAUUUCUGUAUUACUUUUGAAAAAAAAAUAUAUAUAUAUAUAUAUAUAUAUAUAUAUAUAUUUAUAUAACUAUUGAAAGUAAUAAUCUACAAGUACUGGACUCUGAAAAUUUAGUUCAAAUGGUAGAGCUAGUGAUUAUCAAAUUCAACAUGUAAAUUAUGGGUAUUGACUCUUGAGCAUUUGCAGAUUUGUUAUUUUAAUUAAACUUUAAGUAAACUUCAUAAUGCAGUAUUUGAAGUUUUUGUACAGAUUUAGAUACAAGGUACUUUUUGUACAAUAAGAUUGAUAUAAACUGUGACUUAAUAAUUGUCUACAUUGCAUUAAUAAAGAAUAGCCUGUUACAUUUUUAA